ACAGCAGCGUCUGUCGGACCAUAAGCUCCUCAGUCCCAUCAUUCGGUGCAGUUUUGAGAAAUCGUUACACCUACGUGGCUUUAUUGCACACCAAGCUAUGUACGUGACCAAAACAAUGACCUGUUGUUAUUUUUGGCACUGUUCUCUGCGCUGAACGACUGAAGACCUAUGAGCAUCAUCUCAGGGAACGGACUGUCUGGCGGAGCGCAGGACGGGAUGGGAUCGCAACAGCGCGUUUAGUUGAGGGAAAUGGGAAGUUUAAACGUUCGUGGACUGCAGCUUCUGGCUAAAAAACACGCGAGGAGCGGCUUUAAAGGAAGUUGUAAAAGUAUUAAUCUGCAAUAAUACAAUAAUCACCUCUGAAUGAACUGCCCUGUUUGUGGCGGACUGUUUAUUCUUCACAUUAAGCAGCGCUGGUUCUUCAGGCACAAUGAAAUCCAUCUUCUACACUCGCUUUUUCAUCCUUCUUCCGUGGAUCUUGAUAGUGAUCAUCGUGAUCGACAUCGAUACGAAGAGAUUGUCUGUUCGGAACACGGCCAGCUUCUAUUUGUCUCGGCUGGGAAAUGUGCAGCAGCAGCGGCAGGUCGUCAGGACGACUCGGACCAGCAGCAGCACCACCAACAGCGGGAGUAACGCCACAUCUCUCCCGGUCAUUUAUGCUAUCACUCCCACUUACAGCCGAGCGGUGCAGAAAGCUGAGCUCACCCGCUUGGCAAAUACGUUCCGCCAGGUUCCGCAGUUCCACUGGAUCGUGGUGGAGGACUCGAACUCCCACACAGAGCUGGUUUCGCGGUUUCUUGCCCGGUCUGGGCUGCGAUACACUCACCUGAACGUGUUCACCCCGCGCAGGUUCAAGCGGACGGGGAUGCCCCGAGCGACCGAGCAAAGGAACUUGGCGCUCGGCUGGCUCAGAGGACAUCGCGCGUCCAAAGAUAAAGGAGUCGUUUUCUUCGCGGAUGAUGAUAACACUUACAGCCUUGAGUUAUUUGAAGAGAUGCGGUCAACCAGGAGAGUGUCAGUGUGGCCAGUGGGACUCGUUGGAGGCCGGAGGUACGAACGGCCCCUGGUGGAAAAGGGGAAAGUGGUCGGCUGGUACACAGGCUGGAAGGCCGACAGGCCAUUCGCAAUUGACAUGGCUGGCUUUGCAGUGAACCUGCAGGUGAUCCUGUCAAACCCACGUGCCCUAUUCAAGAGGAGAGGAGCCAAACCAGGGAUGCAAGAAUCAGAUUUCCUCAAACAGAUCACCAAGGUGGAGGACUUAGAGCCAAAGGCCCGGAACUGUACCCAGGUCCUUGUCUGGCAUACCCGGACUGAGAAGGUCAACCUGGGUAAUGAACCAAAGCGGCAGCAGGAUUCGGUUUUUAUAGAGGUCUAGCAAGCGACACUGCACUAGGACUGUCAUGACACUGGAUGGAGGCCCGCCAUCACUGGUACUUUCCAAAAGGAUGGCUGCCUUUGAACUUUAGGAUACCUGCUCUGGCAGAAAAGACAAGCUAUCUCGGGUUCCUGGAUUCUCUACUGACGGACUGUAUCUGCUGGAGCUUCUCACUGUGGCAUCACACUGGAUUACUUGUAACAUGGUGGAGAAGAAACUAUGGAUGUGUAUGUGUAUGUGAAAACUUGAUCUUAUUCCCAAUGUGGUAGUAAACAGACCACUUUCCCUUUUCCUCGGACUCUGAAUGCUCAGAGAAUUAGAUCAACUUCUGUGAAUGCGGGAGAAAAGGACCAGCUGCUUGACUAAUGUACAGAGGUUACUGCUGAAGGAAAAACUAACUGUCCACGAAAAUAAAAGGAAUAGUGGAUUAAAAACCCUGGAAAUACCGUCUAAAGCGUGAGACACCAUUACAGGGACAGAACUUUUGGAUUACAACUGUCUUUAUUCCAAACGACCCUCUUUAAAAGCAAAAAAAAAAAAAAAAAAAAAUGAGAAGAUAACUUUACAAUAAAUGCGUCUUUAGACAAAAUGAUCACACAAUAGUUCAUGGCUAUUCACUGUUUAAUGCACGGAAAUAACAAUAUUCUGUCUCUGUACUAGGCACCAGAAAAUGUAAACACAUUAUAGAAAUAAACCUGGAUGACACGG